UCAUACCGUAUGCUUGCUCGGAUAUUAUAAGGGAUUUUACGUAAACCACGAAGCGUUGAUCACUCACUGACCAACACAAGUUUAGUGGACAUACGAUACGUGAUUGCACCUACUUGUUAACGGCCAUUUGCCGAAGUGACAAACAUCAGAUAGACAGUGGUCAGGCAAUAACGCAAGGAUUUGAAGAAUUCAUUACGUUUACAAAAAAAUUAACUUCAUUGUGCGACCAUGAAUGGGAUUAGUAGGUACAGCGGAAAUCAGUCAGGAGGCGAGAUGGAUUUAAUGGAACGCAUCCCUCUUAAGAUGGAGGAUGUCCGGUUAAAACCCGAUCCAACGUUCAACGACGUCACGGAUACUACGGAAAACUUCCGUAAUUCCUACCCUGAUGUAUCCGCUGUGGAAGUUGGCCCGCCGGUACGGGAUAAAGGUGAGUCGACCGACGAAUCUAGUCCAAGGACCCAAAGCAGCGACUCGUUGGUGAACCCGACCUCAUCCCUUGUCUACAAGAUCAGUGACAACCCUCCAAUUCAUCUAACCAUCGUAUUUGCAUUCCAGCAAGCACUCUUGGCGUUCGCGGUCCAGUUGGUCAUUUCCCUACUUGUGGCACAGGCUGUCAAUGGCGAACAUGAUCCUGAGCUCCGUGGCAGCUUGCUCAGUUCUACAAUGUUUAUGUGUGGUUUUACAACCAUGAUCAUGUCCCUAUUUGGCACCAGGUUGCCCAUAUUCCAAGGUGGAGCGGCGGAGUAUAUCAUACCACUGUUAGUUUUACAAGAUGAUGUCCAAAAACAGAAAGGCAACGCCAUCACCGGUACUACAAGCACGAACACUACGAGUAACUACACAGGAAGCCCAUUGUUUUACUCCAACGACACUGCUUAUCAAAUGAAUAUCACAAACAUGGCGGGUACAGACAUCCUUCUAGACCACCAGGGCGUCGAUUUUCAAAAAUUGCGAGGGAUGAUGGGGAGCCUGAUGGUAAUAGGAUGUAUUCACAGUAUGAUUGGACUGACUGGACUUGUUGGAAUCUUGCUCAGAUUCAUCGGCCCAAUCACGGUCGUACCGACGCUUUUACUCCUUGGUUUGUGGAUGGCGAGGAUGACCGCCAAAUUCAUAUCUAUUCAAUGGGGAGUAGGGAUUAUGACAGCUGCCAUUUCUAUAAUCCUGUCGUUAGUUUUGGGUAACUGGAAGAUGCCUUUGCCAUUUUGGUCUAAGACGAAAGGAUUUCACUUAAUUCGUUCAAAUUUCCAUCAAACUGCUGGGUCACGAAAUCUGGUGGCUUCUCCGACGAUCCCUAAGGAGCCCGAAUACUUCGCAAGAACGGACAUAAUGCCUGGGAUUAUACAGAACGCUAGCUGGAUUUACUUCCCCUAUCCAGGCCAGUUCGGUCUGCCAUUAAUUAGGGGAGACGCUUUGAUUGGAUUUCUUAUUGCAACCAUGGUUUCAAUUCUGGACUCGAUUGCUGAUUACUACGCAUGCGCGAUAGCCUGCAAUGUUCCACCCCCUCCUGCUCAUGCAGUCAACAGGGGAAUUGCCGUGGAAGGAUUUUGCUCUUUCCUAUCAGGGACAUUAGGGUGUGGACAUGCAACGGGGUCAUAUGGCGGAAACAUCGGCGCAAUACGUAUCACAAAGGUAGCCAGCAGACGUGUGUUUGUGGUGCUUGGGUGCAUAUACAUGUUGUUUGGGAUCAUUGGUAAGCUGUGUGCUGUAUUUAUCACCAUACCCUACCCCGUAUUAGGGGGAAUUACGCUAAUUAUGAUCAGUAUGUUCAUGGGGGUGGUCAUCGCAAACCUCCAUCACGUGGAUCUCAGAUCCAACCGGAAUCUGGCCAUUAUGGGGAUGGCUUUUACUGUUGGUACCAUAGUGCCGUACUGGAUAGAGCAAAGCCGGGAUCGCCUAAAAACGGGAAGCGAAACAUUAGAUAAAAUCUUCAUCAUGGUGUUCGGAAAUGCGACCAUUGCUGGUACUCUGUUGGCAUGUGUACUAGACAACACUAUCGCCGGAACUCCUACUGAACGAGGCUUGACUGCUUGGACAGAGGUGACGUGUGGCAAAAGUGACGAUCGGAGUGACGUCAUAAUGAAAGAUGAAAUUGAGUAUUCAGAAGGAUUAGACGUUUAUGACCCAAUAGUCCCCGGAUGUGUGCGGAGGUGGAAGGGAUUGCGAUAUGUUUCCAUCAUGCCUGACACUUUUACAUACAAGCAAAAUGAGUUGGAUAUUAAAGAGAAUGCAUAACACGUUUUCUAGACAUUUCUUCGUUCCUAUUGAUAUCAAGGUUUUUAAAUCUAAAGAUAUUUUAUUUUCACGAUUGAUGUCCGUCUAUAUUUUGAAAGCAUAACAAGCGCAAUACGUUAUUACUUGAAAGUGACAGUGGUUGAAUAUAAUACAGGACAUUGAUCUUUUCAGACAAGUUUUGUUGAUAUUCAUCUUCCGUCUCCGUUCGCAAACCACUUCAAUACCCACAGCCAAAACCAUAUCACCUCUCCAUAUCAUGACAGCUGUCCUACCGGUGGUGUUAUUACGAGAAUCGUUUUAAUUAUUCCUCAGUGGUAUGAUAAUAAUAUUUUGAUUAUAGAAUGUUGUGUUCUUUACCUAUUGUUUACCUACCAAGACAGCAUACCACCGCUUGGUACACGGCGCUUCACAACACUACAAACAUGCGCAGUACAUCAACAGGAAUCACGCGGUUCUGUUAGGAACUUACUAAUUUCAGGAUAAGAAUGACGGAUACAUAACAUAUAAUAUUUGAAUUAAAUUGCUGGAUCAUUGCACAUGUUGUUCAUUUACUUUAUGCUAAUUUUCUUCGAACAUUGUGUCUCAUAUUUGGAGCUAUAUUAUUCAGCGGAGUAAUAAUAACAUGACAAGCAUAUAGACAGAGCGGCAGCUUUGAACUGACAAAAGUUUAUGUGAGAAAAUAAGUUAUAAAUAGAAUAUACCAUAUUUCUUGACGCAUAACAGUUAUAUUUCAUCCAGUAGGAUUGAAUUAAGGAUUAUUAUCUAUAUCUUGGUUUUUCAGCUGAAAGAUGUUUUUGUCUUCUACGAUUCAUGUGAUUCAUGCGCCAUUUGCUUGUCAUGUUAAUGUUUACUGCAAACUAUUUUAAAUAGUCAUAUCUUGUUAUAAAUUACGACAUUGCUAUGCUAAAUAAAUCUUCUGAUAAUUUG